UGGAAAGGUCAGGGUAAAAUUUAACUUGUUCACCUGAGGGGUAAAGGGGUAGAGUGUAGCCGGGGGAGAGGGCCCAGAAAGACGUCUCACUAAAGGGUGUCUCUCCUCUGCUCCAGCCAUUGCCUCUGGCUUUCUUCAAGUCCCAACUAAAAUCCCAGCCCCUACAGGAAGGAGCUCCUUCUCUCUGGGAACAAGCUCCUCUCCUCCUAGGACUGGGAGCUCCUGGAUGACAGGGCCUGAGAGCACACAGUAGGCUUCCGAUUCGUACUCCAAGAUUAACUGGGGUCAGGGUGCCAAAGAACCGGGUUUGGGCCAGGGGGAGGAGGGGUAGGUUGCCUACAGUUUGCAAUCAGAUCUGGGUACCUCGGAGCUCUUCAGCCCGGGGGUGGGGGGCGGGGGGGGGGGGAAGGGAGGGGGAGGAGAAGGCUUUUGAGGGAAGGUGACCCUGUGGUGCGGAUCGGCUGCAGUAGGCCUGGGCUUCUUCCUGAGCCACGCGGGAAAGUGCCCCUUCGCAAACUCUCCGCCUAUCCUUCCAGUUCUAAGAGCGCUGCAGCAGGAUUGCCUAGGAAACCGGCGGGACCACGUGCCCUAGAGCAGCGAAGUCAACAUCUCGAAUUGUUCCUCCGCGGCUCCCGUAGGCCGCCCCAUCUCUGGCCCAGUGGUCUCACGUGACAAAACACCGGCACUUCCGAUUUCCUCGGAUUCCUCCACCUUCACGCUUACCCCUCGCCCCCUCCCCCGCCGCCCCCCCACCAACGCCCCACGCGUCUGGAGCCGCCGAGUCUGGGUCCCGGUGGAGGCGGAGGCGGCGCCAUGGCGGAGCGGACGGCUCUGGAGAGUCUCAUCGAGAUGGGCUUCCCGCGGGGGCGCGCGGAGAAGGCUUUGGCCCUGACCGGGAACCAGGGCAUCGAGUCUGCCAUGGACUGGUUGAUGGAACAUGAAGAUGACCUGGAUGUGGAUGAGCCCCCAGCUUCCCCCCUGGGACACUCCUUGGGGCAUGAGCCCCCUUCCUAUGGGGGAGGCAGCCCUGAAGGGCCUGGGGCUGUGCAGGUGGAGGAGAAGCCGCCUCUGAGUGAAGAGGAGAAGCGGGAACAGACCAAGAGGAUGCUGGAGCUGGUGGCCCAGAAGCAGAAGGAGCGAGGAGAAAGGGAGCAGCGAGAAGCAGUGGAAAGAGAGAGGCAGAGGAGGCGGCAGGGCCAAGAACUGUCGGCUGCACGCCAGCGCCUCCAGGAGGAUGAGAUGCGUAGGGCAGCUGAGGAGCGGAGGAGGGAGAAGGCCGAAGAGACAGCAGCCAGACAGCGGGUCCGAGAGAAGAUUGAAAGGGAUAAAGUUGAGAGAGCCAAGAAGUUUGGUGGCACUGGAUCACAGAUGACCUCCACUGCAACUGAGCCAGGCCCUGUUCCUUCCUCUCCCAGUCAGGAGCCUCCCACCAAGCGAGAGUAUGAUCAGUGUCGAAUACAGGUUCGACUGCCUGAUGGGACAUCCUUGACACAGACAUUCAAGGCCCGAGAGCAGUUGGCUGCAGUGAGACUCUAUGUGGAGCUUCAUCGAGGGGAGGAACUAGGGGGUGGGCAGGACCCUGUACAGCUGCUCAGUGGCUUCCCCCGGCGGGCCUUCUCUGAAGCUGAUAUGGAGAGACCACUGCAGGAGCUGGGUAUGAGACUAAGGUGGUGCAACCAUCUGUUGGGCUCUGGGGGACAGGAGACAGCCUGAAGUAGAUCCAGGUUUCAGUGUUAGAUGCUAGGAACUAUAGAGUCUGGAGCAAAAAGGAAGGCUCCCACUUGGCUGAAUCUCCUUUUUUCUCCCAUCUAUAGGACUCGUGCCUUCUGCUGUCCUCAUUGUAGCCAAGAAGUGUGCCAGCUGAAGGGGUCUCCAGCCUCCUCUCCUCCCCUCUCCCCCAAAACUACCCCUCCUCUGACAGAGCACUGACACCCCUCCCUAAUAAAUACAUCCUGAGUCAUGUA